AUGAAACUCGCCGAGCAUGUGUUUGCUGCUCAGAUGACGAGAUAUCGCAGCAAAUAUUCACUCGGAAUAUUUCGAGAAAAAAUCGUCUUUACCCCUCCUGUACUUCCCGAACACGUCCCGGUGAAACUCCAAUCAAUAACAGAGGCACCGACAGAUGAGGAUUUGACCAAGGUGCACUCGGCACUCCGUGCAUACGAGCAGUUCUCAAAUGUCCCUUCUAUGUUUGAUCCCCAAGGUUUCCCGCCAUUCGAAGUCAACGCGCAUUCAAAAAUAUUAGCACGUUAUAUGCAGCAUAUCUCCCAAACUCCACUCUCCCUUCAGCCAACCGAUCUCCCCGUCCUACAAGAGACUCCUGCACCCGACCAAGUUACCGAGGAGGAGACCUCGGGUGGGUCGCCCACCAUCAAUGUUGGUACUGGUGCCAAGACUCCCACACCUCUCCCACGAGAACCGGAAACCAAUCUAUUUGCACCAGACCCUAUCGUCCGCUCGGCCCUGCAGGAUUCAAACCACUUGGUGGAAAGGCUCGGCGAAACUAUGGAUAACAUUAGCAAGGUUUUGGCCAAUAUUCAACAUAGCUUGGUUCGAGGACUUAAGUCUGGUCGGCAACAUUGUGAGGACUACCAAACAGAUGCUUUGACUAAUAAGAAAGGCGAAUUGCCAGUAAUGUGCGGGCUACCGGCACUCAGGUUCCAAUGGAAGGGUUCCUGGAUUAUGGCAGACAUGAGUGAUGCUCAAUUAGCCAAGUACCUCAAGUUCUAUGACAUAGGCGAUUACCUUAUCGACGACGGGGAACUCCCAACGAUCAAGGGAGAGAAUGGCCAUAAGAAGAGGUUCUCAUUCCCCACAAAAAAUUAUCACCCCGCACUCAUCUCCAUCAUGCCUCUCCCAUCCAACUUUCUCUAUGGAUAUGCUACCGCUGCGUACCAAAUCGAAGGCGGCCGUACGGAUGGCAAGGGAGAUUCCAUCUGGGAUACUUUCGUUCACAAGGAAGGAAAGAUCACCAAAGGAGAAACUGGAGACAUUGCCUGUGAUUCUUAUACCCACUACAAGGAGGAUGUUGCCCUUUUGAAACAGUUUGGCGCCACAACUUAUCGUUUUUCGAUCUCCUGGUCCCGAGUGAUUCCUCUUGGCGGCAGGAAUGACCCUGUCAAUGAGGCAGGCAUUAAAUACUACAACAGCCUUAUUGACGAAUUGAUCAAGGAAGGGAUUGCACCCAUGCUUUACCAUUGGGACCUACCCCAAGCUCUGGAGGACAAAUAUGAGGGAUGGCUAAAUAAGGAAGAAAUCUCGCUUGACUUUGAGCGCUAUGCAGUGUGUGUUUUGAACGUUUUGGAGAUCGAGUCAAGCAUUGGAUCACGCUCAACGAGCCCAUCAUGGGGGUACGCCACUGGUUGGAUGGCACCUGGCCGGACAAGUGACCGAAAGAAGAACCCUACUGGCGACACUAAGACCGAGCCAUGGAUUGUGGGACAUUCGCUCCUCAUUGCUCACGCCAAGGCAGUUAAACUCUACCGAGAGGAGUUCAAGUCUUCGCAAAAUGGACAGAUCGGGAUAACCUUGAACUGCGACUGGGCCGAGCCAUAUGAUGAAUCGCCCGAGGCCAGAGAUGCUGCGUCGCGGCGCCUCGACAUGAACCUGGGAUGGUUCGCUGGUCCUAUCUACCUUGGAUCAUACCCCGAAUCCAUGAAGCACAUGCUAGGAUCUCGUACACCAGUCUUUACCCCCGAAGAACAAUCUCUCGUACUCAACUCGUCUGAUUUCUUCGGCCUCAACUCGUACACCACCAAUCUCAUAAAGGCUCCAACCUCAUCCAGCACCGGAGUCAUUCCGGACGCGUCGCUCACCGACAAGCCUAUUGCAGACCAGCUCCCCGACUCAUCCACGAUGGAAAUCUUUGCUUGUGUCCCCGAUACUCAAGUUGGACGUGACGGAAAGUUGAUUGGUCGUCAGGGCGAGGCACCAUGGCUUGUUAGCUGCCCUUGGGGAUUUAGAAAGCUGUUGAGAUAUAUCAACGAGAAGUAUAUCCGUGAUUCAGGACUUGUGAUCAUGAUCACUGAACAGGGGUAUCCGGUCUGGCGCGAAUAUGAGCUCCCGCUUGACAAGAUCAUUGAUGACAAGGAUCGUCAGGAGUAUUUCGAUGGAUAUCUUACUGAGGUCCUCGGUGCCGUUGAGCAGGAUGGCAUCAAGAUUGGUUCUUACGUCGCAUGGACACUGAUAGACAACUUCGAGUGGGCUGCUGGUUUCAACCAGCGCUUUGGAUCCGCUUAUAUUGACCACAAGGACGGACAUAAACGUAUCCCGAAGGAUAGUGGCAGGUGGCUUGGAGAGUGGUUCAAGAAGAAUGUGGCCAAGUAA